AGGCAACUCGGCGUCACGAGAGCCCGCACCCCGGAGACCCGGCGCCCUGCCCUCCCUCCGCGCCCCCGGGGCCCCGGCCAGGCCCAACAACCUCUCCUUUCCCGGUGCGCCGCAGUCCCGCCGGGCCUCCCGCCCUUGCUAACUAGGCCCCGUUGGGCGCCCCGGACAGCGCAGCCCACGUCGCGCGGAGCCCGCAGUCCCGGGGGACGGCAGGCUGCCGGAAAAUCUCCUCUUGUUUACUGAGUUGGGAAGGUCCCAGCCUGGAUUCGCUUCCUCAGUUCUGCGGUUCCCUUUCUGCUGAUUCCUGGGGCCAGAGGGGAAAGGGUGGCGACCCGCUGAUCCACCCCGGGGGCUGGGAGUGAACGUGGCGCGUGGAGAGAGUCGAAGCCCGGAGCAGCGAUCUGUGUCCGGCGGGUGCUUCGCGAGAGAGCCAAGACAAAGGUGACAAAGGCCAGGUGUCCACCACGGAGAGACGCGUCAAAGUGGCCCCCGUGCGAAUCCAUGCGCGCGCGCGCUGAUACGUGCUGGGAGGAGAGCCCGCCUGCGAGGUGCGCUGGGCUGUUCCCAAACCGCUUUCCGGAGAGAAAGCCGAGUCCACAAACUGAGUGCGCGUAAGUGUGCGCGCGCCCGCGCGCGGGGGCGUGGCAGCAAACAGCAACAACCCACUGGCGAGCUCCGCCAGAAACUCUGAUCGCCCUCCCCUGCCGGAAAGUGCGACUAGCUGGAGCCUGGAGGAGGUCUGGAGGGACCCCGUGGGAGCCUGGCCCGGGAGCCGGGAUGGCCACCCGCCGAGCCUUGCUGACGUGCCUGGGACUGCUUCUCUUCCUGUCCCCGGGGGCACAGGCCCAGAGCCAUGUCCCUCCUGGCUGCAGCCCGAACCUCAACCCCCUCUACUACAACCUGUGUGACCAGUCUGGGGCUUGGGGCAUCGUCUUGGAGGCCGUGGCCGGGGCGGGCGUCGUCACCACUUUUGUCCUCACCAUCAUCCUUGUGGCCAGCCUCCCCUUUGUGCAGGACACCAAGAAGAGGAGCCUUUUGGGGACCCAGGUGUUCUUCCUACUGGGGACCCUGGGCCUCUUCUGCCUCGUGUUUGCCUGCGUGGUGAAGCCCGAUUUCUCCACCUGUGCCUCUCGGCGGUUCCUCUUUGGCGUCCUGUUCGCCAUCUGCUUCUCCUGCCUGGUGGCCCACGCCUUCGCCCUCAACUUCCUGGCCCGCAAGAACCACGGGCCCCGGGGCUGGGUGAUCUUCACCGUGGCUCUGCUGCUGACCCUGGUGGAGGUGAUCAUCAACACGGAGUGGCUGAUCAUCACGCUGGUCCGGGGGGGCGGCGAGGACGGCCCCCUGCGCAAUGGCAGUGCCGGCGGGGCUGCGGCCUCCCCCUGCGACAUCGCCAACAUGGACUUCGUCAUGGCGCUCAUCUACGUCAUGCUGCUGCUGCUAGCCGCCUUCACGGGGGCCUGGCCCGCCCUGUGUGGCCGCGUCAAGCGCUGGCGUAAGCACGGGGUGUUCAUGCUGCUCACCACGGCCACCUCCAUCGCCAUCUGGGUGGUGUGGAUUGUCAUGUACACCUACGGCAACCGGCAGCACAACAGGCCCACCUGGGACGACCCCACGCUGGCCAUCGCCCUCGCCGCCAAUGCUUGGGCCUUUGUCCUCUUCUAUGUCAUCCCUGAGGUGUCCCAGGUGACCAAGGCCAGCCCGGAGCAAAGCUACCAGGGAGACCUGUACCCGACCCGCGGCGUGGGCUACGAGACCAUCCUGAAAGAGCAGAAGGGCCAGAGCAUGUUUGUGGAGAACAAGGCGUUUUCCAUGGACGAGCCCGCCUCGGCCAAGAGACCAGUGUCGCCGUACAGUGGGUACAAUGGGCAGCUGCUGACCAGCGUGUACCAGCCCACCGAGAUGGCCCUGAUGCACAAAGGCCCGUCCGAAGGACCCUACGACGUCAUCCUCCCGCGGGCCACCGCCAACAGCCAGGUGAUGGGCAGUGCCAACUCCACCCUGCGGGCUGAAGACAUGUAUGCAGCUCGGAGCCACCAGGUGGCCACGCCGCCAAAAGACGACAAGAACUCUCAGGCUCAGUCCCCGCAAAAUAAAACGAGAUGGUAGACGCCCUGGUCCCUGGACUGCACGUCAUCCUGACGUCCUCAUCCCUCUGGGUCCCAGCUGGGCAGGGCCCAGCACCUUUCCCACCCUUGUCACUGGAGCUGGGAGGGCCUGGAGGCCACCGAUCUGGAGCAAUGGACCAAGUGAGGGGCCCUGUGACACCCCGAGGCUUGUGGCUGGGGCUCUAGGGCCGACCCCUACCUGCCCUGCCCGGCGUCUCCUGGGCCCCAAGUGACGGAGGCCACAAG